GGAAAGGAAACCCCGACUAUUCGGCGGGGGCACGCUGACGUCUGGAGCUCGGCGGCGGAGAAGGGCGGCAGGGGGAGGGCGAUGGAAUUCUGCCCGGUGUGUGGGAUGCUGCUGCAGAUCGAUCCGGGCACCGCAAGCCACCGCCUGCGCCUCUUCUGCUCCGUCUGCCCCUACGUCUGCCCCAUCCAGAACAAGAUUGUGAAGAAGGCGAGGUUGGUCAAGAAGGAGGUGGAGCCCAUCUUCAGCACGGCGGACGAGAUGAAGUCGGCCCCUAAGACCGCAGUUACAUGCCAAAGAUGCAAUCAUGGAGAAGCAUACUUCAAGCAGAUGCAGAUUCGAUCAGCUGAUGAACCGAUGACAACAAUAUACAGGUGUUGCAAAGAGGAAUGCCAGCAUGAAUGGAGAGAGGACUGAUCUUAACAUUCACGCUUUGCUUACACUACGCUCCCUGUGCUUCUUCAGUUUUUGAGUGUUGAUAUGUCCUGUUGCACAUGUAAUGCUUCUUUUAAUCAGCGUGUACCUAUGGCAUCGCUUUUUGGUUGCUAGAGACAUUUCAUGUUGCGCUUAGUAGGUCAAUCUUAACGGAAAGUUUCAUUAAGUUUCCAAGAGUGACACAUUUUUAGAGUUAUUUGUGAUGAUGAACGUUCUAUGCAUAGUUUCAGUUUUGUUGUUUAAUAGGCUACUUAAAACAUUUAAUGUGUGAUUGGGUAAACUUAUGUCCCU